CCUCGCUCACAUCGCUCAUAACUCCUUAACUCUCCUCUCCAUAAAGCAAAAGCAAUGCCCGCUCUCUACGUCGCAAUCUACUACCCCCGCUAUGGCAACUACCAGCACUGGGCUCUCCACCUACACACCACAAACAAAGACCUCAUCUACGAAGUCGACGGCGAACACCCCUCCUUCCGAAAGGUGACAUCCCGCGGCAAGCCCUCCGAUUCCGAUUCCCUAAUCAUGUCACUGCUGGUCAGCGAGAUCGGGGAUCCUGAUGUGCCCACCGUCCAAGAGGCGGUAGAGGCCGCCCACGUCGACAAUGAAACGCUUGAAUGGGAUUGUCAAGAAUAUGUGCUUGAGAUUCUGGCAGCGUGUGAGCAGGAGGCGGUGUUGGAUACAGAUGAUGAGCAUUAUGUGGAGGUUAUGAAGUUUUUAAAAUCGAAGCGGGGGCCGACACUUUGAUAGUCGAUGUUUAUUGUUGUGGUGGUGGUGUUUCUACGAGGGUUGUUUGUUUCCUACUGAGGUUGAGUCUCGAGUUCGGGUUUAGGGUCCGAUAUCAGCUUGGAAGCCAGGAUCUAUUCAUUACUAGGUCGCAUGCGCAAUGACUAUCAGGGAUCUUGAUGCUCAUAUCUGUGUUGUUAGAAAUAGCCCAUAGUUUACGGGUACUUGAUUGUUAGUGGUCUUUCG